UUCAAACGUUGUUUGAUAGGCCCAAUUUUAUUUCCGCUCUCUGAAACCAAAAAAAAAAAAAAAAUAUGUCAGCCAAAAAGAUGAAGUCCUAACAUGUGGCUAUCUGACUAAAGUUACAGAUUAUCUUUCUGUGAUCCUGGAAUAAUUGGAAUGGACCCCACGAACAAAGACUCCUCUGGCUGUUUACGGUCUCCACACACACCGAGGUCCUAAGACACGUGACCACCAUACAUCACGUGACCACCAGCAUCCAUGCCGGAGCUUCUCUCCACCAUGGCUAGGCGGCUCAGAUCUUGGACGGAGCCCAAGAACGCCGCGCCGACGCCCGCGCCCGUCGCCCCAGAAAACAGCAGGGGGUUUCAGGUCUUCAUGGACAACCUGUUUGUCCUGGUGGUCAUUGUGGCUGCUUUCAUCGCCGCUGGGCUGGGCGUCGGGCUGAGGAACAGGUGGGGGGAGGAGGAGUACAUGAAGAUAUUCUACUUUGAGUAUCUCGGCCGUCUAUCACUCAACUCCAUCAGACUUCUGACAAUGCCACUUCUUAUUUCCGGGGUCAUUUCCGGUUCGGCUAAUGUUGGAUCACACUUUUUCGGUAAAUUUGGCGUGUGUGUGGUGGCGUACGUUUUGUCCACGACGCUUAUCGCCAUUGUUGUUGGCGCUAUUUUAAUCCUCUCCAUCCACCCUGGGAUAGUUAGAGAGGCACCGUCGAUCCGGAGAGAGAGCUCUAUAGAUCCACUGCUUGAAUUGAUCGCACAAUAUUUCCCAGACAAUUUAGUUGCAGCGUGUGUUGAAAGGGUAUUAACAAAGUUUAGAACAGAUACCUACGUCACUAUGAAGAAUGACAGUUAUUUUCCGUUCAGCAAUUUAACUAUGGAUGACAAUUUCACAAAGAUAGAUAAUCAGACAAAUACCACUCUGCAAGCACAUUAUUACGACGUGACCAAGCCGUACCUUGUGACAGACCGAGGCACCAACGUCCUAGGAAUCCUUGUGUUGUCCAUCGUGUUUGGGUUCGCCCUGCACUUCAUCGGUGUGGAGGGGAAACCGAUGAAGGAUUUCUUCCGCUCGCUCAAUCUGGCCACAGCGUUUCUACUCAAGAUUGCUAUAUGGUUCACACCCUUAGGCUUCAUCUUUCUGAUCGCCACAAAAUUUGUCUUGACCAAGGAUUUACCCGGCGCCCUGGCUAAACUCGGCCCGUACAUCGGGAUAGUGUUCGGCGGACUGGCCAUCCACUCACUGCUCAUCCUGCCCCUCAUGUACUACAUCUUCACGCGCAAGAACCCGCUCCCAUUUGCUGGGAACAUGGCACGUGCGUUAGCCGUGGCGUGGUCGUCUGGUUCCAGCCCGUGUGCCCUCCCCAUCACAAUAGAGAGCCUGAUCAUGAAGAACAAAGUCAACAUCCGCAUUACCAGAUUUUUCGCGCCGGUGGGUGCAACUCUAAAUUUGGAUGGCACCGCGUUGUUCCAGACGGUGGCAUGCAUCUACAUCGCUCAAGUCAACAACAUCCAUCUCACCGUGGCUGACGUCAUUGUCAUUGGCUUGGUUUCCAUAGUAGCGUCAGUUGGAUCUGUCAGCCUACCGCAGGCUAGUCUCGUCACCAUCGUCACUGUCCUGGCUGCUGUAGGUCUGCCCACUGAUGACGUGGCUCUAAUUGUCUCCAUUGAUUGGAUCAUUGAUCGCUUCCGUACUUCUGUGAACGUGUGGGGUGAUGCUAUAGGUGCCGGAAUACUUGACCACUACUUCUCUCACCUGUUCCCACCUAUCCCGCCUCCUAAACCGGAAGUUGAGUGCAACACGGUCGGUACGUGCACCGUCGAGGUGGACAGCCCCACCAGACCCAACGGGCAGACAGGCAGUUAUCCCAACAGCGCAGACUGCUAUGUCCAGCUACCAACGGUCGAUGGGAUGGUCAGUAGUGGCGGACUGGGAUACUACAACACAAGUUUUAAUUAUGAUUUGGAUAUUGUCAGUACAAAGCUGUAAAACAAAGAGGGUUUCAAUGAAGGAACAAAUGCUGUAAAAAUUGUUUAUUUUAGAAACAGUAUUUAUUUAAAAACGCAUACAAUUUUCAUUUCAGAAAAUAAAAGCAUAUAACAACAAAUAUAACAGAAAAAAAUAGUUAGACAACUAAUAAUAACAUUAAAAUUUGGAAACAGAACUCUGGUUUAUUUUACGUAAGAAGUCCUUUAUGUGCUCAAAAAAAUAGUACUAUUACUUCUAUAAUAUAUAAAAAAAAGUUGUUUAAGGUUCGUUCUUAAAACGUGGACUGAAAAGUUUGUUUAGCUUUGUAUUCUAGAUAAUGUUUAUUAUUUCUUAUACCCAAGAGAGUGUGAUGUCAAGAGAUUUUAUUCUAAAAAACAUCCAUUUUGAUCUCUUUUUAUUUAUGGUACAUUUUACAGAAAAAAUAGAAGGAUUUAAGUGAUUUUUUAAAAACUACUGCUAAAAUGUAUCUGCCUGUGAAAUAAGGUGCCUUAUUGUGUCUUACAACAUUAUUCUUAGCAAAGAAAAAAAUAGAAAAAAAUAUAUUUCGUUUUUCAAAAACUGCAGUAAAGAAAAAAACUGUUCAAUUUCAUAUAGCUUUUUAUCCUUGAUACUUUUUAAAUUUAUUUUUAAUCCAAUACUCAAGACGAUUAAUAUUAUAUAGAAGGUUACAAAUGUAAAUUUUUCAAUGAGUUUAAAAAAAAAUACGUUUAGUAUUUACAAACUGCUGAA